AGUGUGUGCAAAUAGUUACAAAUGAUCGAGUUAUGUCUGAUCAACCACGACGAUCUGUAUGACUUUUUUUCGAUUAAAAAUAAUGAGCCGAUAGGUUGCGACUUUUAUUUCGUGCGCAUUUAAGAGGGCAGCGAGUUCGCAAUUAUCAUUCGCUAAGGUUGACAGAUUGUGUCACAGUAGACUGAAAUCUGUCUGGGAUAUCUACUAUAUUAUAUCAACGUUAAAAAAUAAUCGUUUUCAGCGACUCGCACCGUGUCAACUUGUCAUGUCACCCACCAUGGCACACCUGCGCUAUCAUCCGGCAGUCAUGAUUCCGCUAAUUGCAUUGCAACUGUUUACUCGUGCGAGCAGUACUUCUGAAGUGCUGUUCCGCCAGCGUAAUGCGAGCACAUGUGUGGGAGCGUGCAUAUUAUUGCAGUAGAGGUGGUGAUCAGUUUUUGAAAGUGCUGUACCUGGCAGCGUUAUCAUAAGGAUGACGCGAAUUAAUGCAUCGGGCUAGGACACCACUCUAAAAAAUGAGAGAUAACGCUGUGAUAAAAUUCGAAAUGGGUUAGUUCACCGGAGGAAACUUUAUUCUGACUUUCGAGACGUGUUCUGUUGAACUCAGUUGUGAAGCUCUGAUGGAUUCAUCCCCUACUGUAUUGGUGACGGGAGGUGCAGGGUAUGUUGGUUCUCACACAGUUGUGGAACUUCUAAAGAAUUCUUGCACGGUGGUGGUCAUUGAUAAUCUUGUUAACUCUUGUAAAGGAAGUGGCACCUUGCCAGUAUGUUUGCAACGUGUACAAGAUAUCACAGGAAAGCCAGUAAUCUUCUACAAUGUGGACUUACUAGACAGUAAAGCUCUGGAAAGUGUAUUUGAAAAGCACAAGAUUGAUCUGGUCUUGCAUUUUGCUGCUCUUAAGGCUGUUGGAGAAUCAUGCCAAAUUCCACUUUCAUACUACAGGAACAAUGUGGUUGGAUCCAUUGUUCUCCUAGAGACUAUGAAACAGUACAAUGUGUAUAAACUUGUAUACUCAUCAUCGGCUACAGUCUAUGGAACACCUCAGUACUUGCCAUUCACAGAAGCUCAUCCUACCGGUCAAGGUUGCACCAACCCAUAUGGCAAAACUAAAUAUUUCGUGGAAGAAAUUAUUCAAGAUCUUGUGGCCUCUGACAAGAAAUGGUCAGCGGUAGCAUUAAGAUACUUUAAUCCUGUUGGUGCCCAUGAAUCAGGUCGGAUUGGAGAAGCACCUCAAGGUGUGCCUAAUAACCUAAUGCCGUAUAUAGCCCAGGUGGCCGUGGGUGAGCGAAAAGACUUAAAAGUCUAUGGAAGCGAUUAUGAUACUCCUGAUGGAACUGGUGUAAGAGAUUAUAUCCACAUCACAGAUCUUGCAGAAGGGCAUGUCAAAGCGAUUUGGCGACUAAUGAAGCAGUCAGAACCAAGAUGGCAAGCCUAUAAUUUGGGAACUGGUCAAGGUCAUUCAGUAUUGGAAGUUAUUCAUGCUUUUGAGGAAGUGUGUGGUCGUAAAAUUCCUUAUGAAAUUUGCCCUAGACGCCCUGGGGACAUAGCAAGUUCAUAUGCAGAUCCAUCACUGGCCAAAAAAGAACUUAAUUGGGAAGCAAAGAAAUCACUUUCGGACAUGUGUCGUGACAUGUGGCGUUGGCAGUCACAGAAUCCACAUGGAUUUGAAGAAGAAAAACAAUAAUUCUAAAAAGUAUUGGGAUCAGACAUGCUUCUUUAGAACAUAAAUGGUAAAUCUGUGGCGAAGUCCAGAAUGUGUGACAAAUAUAUAUUUCGUACUAUUUUGCGCUGACUGGGGUGGAAAAAAGGAUACAACUUGAUAUAAAUGGCAAGACCAAUUCAUGAAAUGAAUAUAAUGAAAAAUAUGUAUAUAACCAGUAUAUAAAUACUAGUCAUGAAUAGUUUGUAAAAAUCUGUUGGUGUGUAAUUGUAUAUAAAGAACCUAAUUUUUGAUAAGCAUUGGUACAAAGGCAUUGCUCACAUUUUAUAAGAAAGCAUAUUUGUCAUCCACAAUUCUUCUGCUCAUCAAUAGUCGUUAGAUGUGAAAGGAUCUAAUUAGGCCAGUAAUAUGUAUCAACUCUGUUAUUUUAAAGUAAGUAAGUAAUAUUUAUUCACUGUACCGACAGUAAACUACUUUUUGGAAGAUGACCAAAUAGGGGUGACAGUCUUUUAAACUUUUUUUUUCUUAUAGAGUAUAUUAUUUGUAGGAAGUGUUUUUAAAGGCUGGUAUUUAAAAUUGUUAAAUUUUAUUUAUAAAAUACAUUAAAAAAAGCCCGAAGACACUUGUUUUUAUUAUUGUUAUUAUUAUUAUUCUUUCUUCUUUUUUCAUUCUUCAAAAUUUCAAUACAAUGUUGAUGUGAGGUCAUGAAUUUACUGUACUUGUGCGUACUUUUUUGGAUUGCUGAACUGUAUUUCUGAGAUACUUCAGAUUUUGGAGUACUAUUCUGCAUGGGUUAAAAUGUUGAAAAUUAUUGUAUUCUCAGAAACAUAAGUUAUUUAUUUAAUAAUAAUGGAUACUAUUAUAUCA